AUGGGCGACCGAGCUACACCAUCGCCGCGUGUGCGUGUGAGGCCUGCCGACUUGUCCAACAGGCGAAGCAGCGGCAGCAACAGCAACAGCUCCCCCAGCAGGUCGGCAACGUUCCAAGAGCCCGUUAGUUCUAUCUCCGCGGCAGCUCAAUCCGUCCCACAACGUCCGAUACCACAAUCGCCCAAGCUACAACAACAACCACCACCACCUCCCAACCCGAAUACGUCGCGGUCGCACACACUCUCACAACCGCCAGCAGCUGGCAACCAGCCACAACCGAUCAAAGAUGCCGUCAACACAGCCUUCGACCAGGCGCCCUCGGCGAACCAAAUGGACCAGGACUUCGUGAAGAAGCUCACGGAGCAAGUGACCGAACAAGUCAUCAAGAAUCUUGCCGCAGCGAACAUUGGUGGGCCAGGUGCCAGUCCGACUGUUCCUCCUCUGUACACACAGUACGGCGCAUCACCGAGCUCGAAUGCGUCAGCGGCACGUUCACCUUUGCACCUUUCUCCUCUGAUGAGCUCAACGGAGUCAUUUCCACCCGUAUCGACCCCGCCGUCUCCUCGCAUCCAUCGUGAUGGGCGCGGUCGUCAUCCAUCGCCAUCGCCAGAACGACCCCUGUCCGCCGCAGGAAGUGAACAUAGCAGGGAGAGCAGAGAAAGUGCCGAGAGCAUGCUAAGCCAGCAAAGCACGCAGAGUAACAGGGAGACUACACCACGCGCCUCACAACCGGAUGUCCUGGCUGGCCUUCGUAGGACCAAGACCAUGCAAGAGGGCAUGCCGGAGGAGUUGAAGAAGAACAAGCCUGGGCGGCGGAGGGGCAGUACCUCCGAGGCAGCGUCUUUCCGCAAGGACAGCAAAGACUCGGAUUCUGGAUACUUUGACGGCUAUGCUAAGAGUCGUGUCAAGCCAGCCUCUGUGGCGGAGGAAGAGGAAGACGAUGUACCCACCACCCUGGAGAAGAUCUGGCAACCUCUUUUCGACAAUGGCAACCCCACCGUUCGGCUGGGCCAGUUUCUUCGAGGGCUGGCGAAGCACAUCAUUGAGGACUACGAGCCUAGAGGCAGCCUCGUGAUACCUCCACAUAAGAUGUUGCGCUUCCUCACGGAGACCCAGGUCACCGGCGAACACUAUCCAUGGCUUGUCAUCUUUGGUGGCAGAAUGUCCUGGACCUCAAUCUCGACGAUGUAUCGCAAGCUCUUGUGUCAACAUCACCUGAUCCAGCAGCAGGUGCAUGAUGCACCUGUCGUUCCUGCAUUGACACCGAUGGGCUUUGAGCUUUUCAUGACGUGCCUGAUACAAGCACAUCCGGACACCGAGUUCGAGCGUCUCUCCCAAGCAGUGAGAGACAUGCCCAUCUCCAAUGCGGAUGAUAGCAAAGAGCGCUUUCCAAAGGAGUUGUCCAGGAGGCUCUUACCACUCGAUCCGAACAUGCAGGCUGAGCAAAGACUGAUCUCCAGUAUGAACCAUGAACCAACGCUGAUUCGACUCGAGAGAGGAGCAUCUGCCAUGCCGCCACCUCCACCUCCGCAGACAUCCGCACAGCCUGAGCAGCCGGCGUUCAGAGAGCGUGAAAGGAACCCAUACUCCCAGUCGACACCCAAAUCGAACGCUUUCGAUGACGAUGACCCUAGCCCGCCCUCAAUGCCCAUCGAACGGGAACGACAGCCUUAUUUUGCCAAAGAAGGGUCUGCCAAGCGCUAUGGCCCCGAAAGCGAUUACGCUCGCGAACGUGACGUGGACCGAGACAGCAACCAAAAAUCUCGCGAGCCAAGCCGUCCAGUCACCAGCAAGUAUCGACCGGAGCUAUCGAGUACCAACUCGGGAGGUCAAUCCUCAAGGCAAACCUCAGGUGGAUCACAACAGGCAAUGUAUGGCAAUGGCGGGUCGACGGAUCCUAUGGCCAUCCCUUCCCAGAACAGCAGGAGUCGCAUGCCAAGUGGUCCUCAGCAGCCGCAUCACGGUAUCUAUGGAAAGCGACGAUCGCCUCCACCGAGAAGCAAUUUCGCUCGUAGCGAACCUGUUGAUCUUGGUAGCAUUCCCGCGUCGCAGUAUGCUUCGAAUCUCCACCGGGACCGGUAUGCUGGAGACCAAGACGAAGACGCUUCAAGACACAGCUCCAGGCGGCCUCUGGAACGAAGUAUGAACUAUACGAACGACGAUGAAGCGAACGGACGUCCCAUUCCGUCUAGAAGUGGUCCGUCUGGCCCUUCUGGAUACGACUCUGGGUACGGAUCUGCUGGCGGCAUCAACAAUCCACUGAACAAUUUCGCUGCUCGUAAUGGCAUGGGCGAUGAUCGACGCCGCAGCUGGUACCCAGGCAUGGCGCCGAACACGGGACCAGGUGCUAGCCUUUCCAGUGGCGGAACUGAUGUCUAUGGAAGCUCCAUGGGCAAUGCUCCUCAAGCUUACGGGUCGACUGGGCAGUACUAG